CUAUCUGCAUCUCAGUUUCAAAACACAGGAGGCGCAUCGCAAACGUGCAACGCCGAAACACAGCCGAACUUUAUCCGAGGUCUCUCUCACCACCGUCAAACAUGGUUGAACCGGCGAACACCGUUGGAAUUCCGGUGAACCCGACGCCGGCGCUGAAGGAUGAGCUUGACAUCGUCAUCCCCACGAUCCGAAACCUCGAUUUCCUCGAGAUGUGGAGGCCUUUUUUCCAACCCUACCAUCUGAUCAUCGUCCAGGACGGAGAUCCGUCGAAGAAGAUCUCUGUUCCUGAGGGGUUCGAUUACGAGCUCUACAACAGGAACGACAUUAACCGGAUCCUGGGUCCCAAAGCCAACUGCAUUUCGUUCAAGGACUCGGCUUGUCGGUGCUUCGGUUACAUGGUGUCCAAGAAGAAGUACAUCUUCACCAUCGAUGACGAUUGCUUCGUUGCCCAGGACCCAUCAGGCAAAGCCAUUAACGCUCUUGAGCAACACAUCAAGAACAUUCUCUCUCCAUCAUCGCCCUUUUUCUUCAACACCUUGUAUGAUCCUUACCGUGAGGGCGCUGAUUUCGUCCGUGGAUACCCCUUCAGUCUCCGUGAGGGUGUUCCUACUGCUGUUUCCCAUGGUCUUUGGCUCAACAUCCCUGAUUACGAUGCCCCGACCCAACUCGUGAAGCCUAAGGAGAGGAACACCAGGUAUGUGGAUGCUGUCCUGACCAUCCCAAAGGGAACUCUCUUCCCAAUGUGUGGUAUGAACUUGUGUUUCGACCGUGACUUGAUCGGUCCGGCCAUGUACUUUGGUCUCAUGGGUGAUGGCCAGCCUAUUGGACGCUACGACGAUAUGUGGGCUGGUUGGUGUGUCAAGGUCAUCUGUGACCAUCUGGGCUUGGGAGUGAAGACGGGUCUGCCAUACAUCUACCACAGCAAGGCGAGCAACCCAUUCGUGAACCUGAAGAAGGAAUACAAAGGCAUUUUCUGGCAGGAAGAGAUCAUCCCCUUCUUCCAGAACGUGAAGCUUCCGAAAGAGUGCACCACUGUUCAGCAAUGCUACAUGGAGCUCUCCAAGAUGGUGAAGGAGAAGCUCAGUUCCAUAGAUCCUUACUUUGACAAGCUGUCAGAGGCAAUGGUCACUUGGAUCCAAGCAUGGGACGAGCUUAACCCGCCGGCUAACGCUGCUGCAGCCAAUGGCAAAGCUUGAUUGAGCAGCCAACCACCACCAGUUUUGGUUAUUAGCUCAAAAUUAUCUUAUAAUUUCAGUCAUUACUAUCAUAUUUUGCUAGUUGGUUCUCUGCUUUCUCGACUCUUGUUUGUUUUUCUCAGGUGAUGGUAUCUUGCUGGGUCUAUUUUACAGAGUGAUGGAUGUAUUUCUAUUUAUUAUCAAACUUUAAUUAUCCUUUCUGAGCUUUGCGCUUCAAUAAAUAAAAAGCAUAUCCACCA